AUGAAGUCACCCGAGCCCGGUGCAUCGACAAUGGCAGAUCCGGACGUGGAGCUGUCACUGAAGUUUCAGGAGCGAGAUAUCGAGGAGGGGAAAGAACUCUUGGAUGUUCACCAUCAUUUGCCAUGGAUUGUUCUCGGUCGCCAUGAUGAUGGUAACUAUAAUCUUCAAGCGUGGAAUUAUGAAAAUGACACGAGAGUUGACUGGGAGCUUCCCAAAGGUAUCAAACCCUGGGGAGUGAAGUUCGUAGGCCAGGAAGUUCGGGUUAUGGUUGUCCUCAAAACGCAGCUGGUGGAGUAUGAGAUUCCUCCAGAUUCCUCCUCCUCUACGGAGAGCUGGACAUUCGCCCUUGAUACGACUGAUUUCAGCAAUUGGGCCGUACAUUCCUCACGCCGGCGUGUAGUAUUGGCUGUGCAUCCACCUGGUAGUUCUCGCUACAAUAUUUACUUCUGGGAUCUGGACCAGAACCUGCACGAAGAGAGAGGAACCAAUUUGCCUGAGAUGACCAAGAUGUGCUUUCAUCCACUUGAAUCAGACAUUUUUGUUACCGUUCAUGGGAACGGGACAAUCAACAUAUGGAAUGCGAAAACCAUGACUGUUCUCCGAACAUUGGAAGCAGAGAGAGAAGUUACUUCCGUUCGAUUCUGCACUAAACCCCAGACGUCGCUUUUGAUCACCGGUCAUAAAUCUGGCAAGCUACAGGUCUGGGAUUACCCGAGGAAAAAGUGCCUGACCACUUUCGAUGCGCAUGAACAUGCGGUCGAGCACGCUUUCUUCCAUCCACAGUUGCCGUACAUUUUGAGUGCAUCCGAGGACGGUGCCAUCAAGGUCUGGAGUGAUUCAAAUUAUCAGUUCAAGAUGCUUUUUAGUGGUCUGAAUGGAUUGUCAGGCAGCUUGCUCUGUGGGAAUGACAAUACCCUUGUGCGUCUCUGUAAGAAAACACUGCGUGUCAUUACCAUAGUCGGUGAGCACGACUCUGCAGCAGCACCCAAGCACAACUUUUCUUCACUGAAGAUAAAGCAACUGGAGACCGGGUUGAGCACACUUCCACUGAAGAUAAAGCAACUGGAGAGCGUGUUGAGCACACUUUCACUGAAGAUAAAGCAACUGGAGACCGUGUUGAGCACACUUUCACCGAAGAUAAAGCCACUGGAGAGCGUGUUGAGCAGACUGGCGGCGAUAAAGAUAGAGCUUGACGUUGUUGACACGGGGCCGAUCUGGAGUGAACACAGCUAUGACAAUAAUGCACGACAAGAAUGGAUUGGGUGGAAAAAUAAGGUUUCCAAUAUGUUUAAAAAUGUAAGGGUGGACAUUAUGGACAUAGGGUCGCAACCCUCCAAAGAAAACAUUUACUCAGAAAGGGUCAAGCUACUGGAGACCGAGUUUUCUAGUUCGAACCGGGACGGUUACCCGCAUCAAAGAGUAAAUGAUGCAAGGAAAUGGAGAACGGUGGUGAAUGAUAUAACAAAAGAGCUUGAGACCAAGCUACAGGAGCUUCAGACUAAGCUACUGGAGUCUCAGGCUGAGCUAGCGAAGCUUCAGGCUGAGCUAGCGAAGCUUCAGGCUGAGCUAGCGAAGCUUCAGGCUGAGCUAGCGAAGCUUCAGGCUGAGCUAAGCAAUCUAAGGUUGGAGAGACAGGCCUUCGAAAAGGAAUUGGAGAGACUUCAGUCAGAAUAUGACACGGAAAGAGGCAUGCACUCAGAAAGGGUCAAGCAAAUCGGGACCGAGUUGAGCACUCUCAGGGCGGAGAGGAGAGCACUUGAAGAGGGAUUUGAGAAAAAGAGGCAAACAAAACACCAAAGGGUAAAGGAGCUUGACACUGAGCUAAGCAAUGUAAGGAUGCAGAGGCAGGCCUUAGGAGAGAAAGUUGAGAGAUUUCAAUCAAUGCAUGACAGGGAAAAAGGCAUGGAAUCAGAAAGAGUCAAGCAACUGGAGACUGAGUUGAGUAGUGCGAGGGCAGAGAGGAUGGUGGUUGAACAGGGAUUUGAGGAAGAGAGGCAAAUACACGCAAAAGGGAUGAAGGAACUUGAGACUGAGUUAAGUGAUGUCAGGACGGAGAUGCAGGGAUUCGGAGAGAGAUUCGAGAGAUUCCAAUCAGAGCAUGAGACGGAAAAAGGCAUGCAUUUAGAGAGUAUCAUGAAAUUGGAAAACGAAAUAAGCAAUCUGCUGGCAGAAAGGGAGGAACUCGAAGAGAGUUUUGAGAAACCAACGGUCGGGGCUCAAGGUUUGGAAUGCAGGUCAGAAAUGGAUGGAGGUGCAAGUGAGAUAUUGAAAAGGUGUGAUGGAGUGCCGAAGGGGGUUUCAGGAGGGGACAUGCAUCCAUUUAGAGAGUUUUCCGUAGACGAAUUGAAGAAUGCCACAAACAGCUUCCAUGAUGACUGCAAACUUGAACAGCGACAUUAUGGAUGUAUGUACAAGGGAAAGAUCACUCCUGUGGUGGUAAAGAGACUCGGGUAUGAAAAGAGCACGGCACAAAAUCAGCAUACCCGAUUGACUAUGGCGAUUCUGGACCUGUUGAAGUCUCUUCAACAUCCACACCUGCAGACUCUGCUUGGAGUGUGCUACAAAGGAAAUUGUCUCGUGUACGAGCAUAUGGCCCAUGGAAAUGUGAAAGACUGGAUAUCCUCUGCCAAAGUGUCACAGAGUGGCUUUUUGCCGUGGUACAUUCGCCUGCGGAUAAUAGCUCAAGUUGCCCAAGCGGUGUCCUUCCUUCACUCCCACCAGUCACCAGGCGGUGGUCCCAUAGUCCACUGCAGCAUCACGCUUGACAACAUCUUCUUGGAUAAUAGCUUUGUUGCCAAAAUCGCAAAUGUUGAUAUGGCCGUGCUUGCCCCAGUGUUUGCUAAAGAUGGUGAAACACCUGAUAUGAAUAGAAGUGAUGUACAGUACCUGGCCCCGGAAUUCUUUCAAACAGAGGUCUUUACUCCGGAGACUGAUACUUAUGCAUUUGGUAUAACCCUCCUGGAGAUGCUAACUGGGAAGUUCAAAAAUGCAUUGGGAAUCAUGAAGGAUGCAGUGGAAGAUGCCACAACUUUCAGAAGUACCCUGGACCCAAAUGCUGGAAGUUGGGACAUCGAUCUGGCUUUGGAAGCAGCUCGAGUGGGCCUUAGAUGUGCGAGCUUGAACAAACAUCACCGGCCAAGCAUAACGACAGGUGAAGGUGCUGUUCUGCCAGCGCUGGAGAGUAUUGCCCAUAAAGUGGAACUUGCUGACUCGCUCGAAGAAGAGCGGCGGAUAAGCCUUUGUGGUGGUAAUCGGAAUGAGUCGACGUCGACCGUCGGCGGAGGAGUCGGUGCGCGUGAACGUCCGGAGUGGAUGCGGUUGACAGUUGUCACCUGUGUCGCGAAGCGGAUCCGGCGCUCCUCCUGGACGGCAGCGGCCGGAGGAUUUGCGUCAGGAAGGAAGGGGACGAACGGUGGAGCGACUGCACGAAAGGGUCACGCUACAAAAACUCGACGGAGCAAGAAAAUGGAUGACGGCACGGGCCGGAGCGAUGGCGAGGGCGGCCGAAAUUUCUGGUCGGUGGGAGACACGAUCGCACUCGUAAGGGCAAAAAGGGAUCAAGAUUUGUAUAUCAUCGGCAUGGGCACCAGUUUCCCCCGCAUGAAAACGAGGGAGUGGAAGUGGGAGGACGUGCGGGCGAGGUUGCAGUCGAUGGGCGUGACGAGGGAUGUCGUCGACUGCGGGAAGAAAUGGGACAAUUUGAUGCAGCAAUUCAAGAAGGUCCACAAGUUCCAUAACCUCUCCGGCGGGAGAGACUACUUCAAGCUUGCAUCAAAGGCCAGGCGAUCGGAGGGCUUCAUCUUCGUCAUGGACCGGAGCGUGUACGACGAAAUGGAGGCCAUGACGAAGGGGGAUCACAUGAUCCACCCGAAAAAUUUGGCGAACACGGGGGCGGUCGGUGGGGUUCAGAUGCCGGCAGGAGCGGGGGCUGCACGGGACACCAUGGCCACUGAGGGUGGAGGGGAGGCAGCCGACGAGGAGCCGGGGUCGACGAAAGACUCCACAUUCAGCGCGGGCAGCGGCAGCGGUUAUAGGAAGAGGAAGAACAUGCGGCAACAAACCUUUGAGGUCGUCGCCGAGGUAAUGGACAAGCAUGGUGCGCUUAUGGCGAGCACAAUGGACAGCGUGAGCAAGCGGCAAUGCUCGAUGAUGUUACGUCAGUGCGAAAUCCUGGAGAGCGAAGUGGAAGUGCAGAGGAAACAUUAUGCUGCGGCGGAUGAGGCGAACGGAAUGAUCAGUGAAGGUCGGCGCACACGGUGCACAGCGACGACAUCCACGCGGGACGCCCUCUGCCUUUUCUCCUCGUCGUCGCACAACACAGCCACUACGAAGUCGCCCGUUUCUUCGCUGUCCUCAUCGUCUUGGAUUUCUUCAAUGUCGUCGUCGAUCAUCAUUGUGGAUCUUGUCGCUCUCCUUCUCGCCGCGGAUCUGUAUCGCCCCUUCGGAGGUCCGGCAUCCUUUAGUCACGAAGAUCUUCUUCUCGCAGCAGAGCAGUGUCCGCAGGGUUCAUCUCCUUCUCGUCUGGGACUUCUUCAGUGUCGUUGUCGAUCAUCGUUGUGGAUCUUGUCGCUCUCCUUCUCGCCGCGGAUCCUUCUCGCCGCGGAUCCGUAUCGCCCCUUUGGAGGUCCGGCGUCGCUUAGUCGCGAAGAUCUUCUUGUCGCCGCCGAGAAGUGUCCGCAGGGUUCAUCUCCUUCUCGCGUUCGCCCACAGACGGCCAUUGACGGAGGCGGGAAGCAUGUCUGCGCGAGGCGGCGCCUGUGGGAAGAAGCGGGAAACAUCCCCGCGGACAAUCAGGGGCGGGAAAGGGGUCGGCGGCAUGUCCCCAAGGCGAAGAGGCUCCGUUCGGAAGAAGCAUCAGCAAGCCUGCCUCUUCGGCGAGGGCGAAGUUGGACGCUAACCAACGUAGAGGAAGAUGACGACGUCUUUACGACGGAGGAGGAAGCAGCAGAGGACAACGUGCUGGCACCUCGGGGAAGCAGUCUUCAAAGCUCAUCUGAUCAGAGCGGUGCAAGAAGAUUGGUGACGCCCCCUCCGGAGGCGCAACAAGUGAGUGCGCACAACACCCAGAAGGCGAAGGAGGUUGUCGUCGACGUCGGCGGUGAGGACGACGAGCCCUUGGAAAGCCGUAGGCAGCGCAAUGUCACACAAGGUGCCACGGCGACGGCAGUCAGCAUACGCGCCGCGACUGAAGAAAGGCCACCUCAAGGUGACUUGCCCUCCACGCCGUCCCAGCCGCGUCCGCGCAACACGGCUGCAGAGGGGGGCUCCAUGGAACGCGGGGGAGGGGAGGGGGCCCUGCAAGAAGCGUGCGUGGCGAGUGGGGGGGCGAUCACUGCUGCAGCCGCGGGGUCUUCGGGCAAUGAUGGUGUCGUGGCGAGGGCGAGAGAGGAGGUCCCAGUUGUGGAGCGGGAGGCGAUGCGCAGCGACAACAAGGGUGAAAGGGAGAAUGAAGAUCCCCUUCUAAACCGGGUUCGGAGGGGAGGGAUGGCGAGAGAUCUGGCCGACCGUGCCCGCCUGUGGGUCGAUGACAAAGCAUUCUGGACGACGGGGGAGGGGCGAAGACUGCACAACAUCGUCCACGAAUCGCUGGAGUACUUUGUCGCCAUCGCCAGCGGGCUGCAAACGCCCGUCAUGCCCAGGAGCGUCAUCAUGCCGAAAUCGUCGACGACCCUCAUAAGGAUUGCAGAUCCCGCACAACUGCAGCAGGUGAUCGCCCGCGUGACAGCAGCGGAGAAUAUUGCUCUACGCGUUUUGCAUGGAUGGGUCUUCAAGUCUGGGAACCGUCCCCGAGGAUUCAAUGUCGCUUUCCAGUACGUGUUGGAGUUGGUGGCGACGGACAUUGCACGCGUCAUGUGGUACGGCAAGGAGUGGAGCAAUGUCGUUAGCGCGGUCGUUCACGUGCACACAAUCGACCUGAACAUGGACUUGCCAUUGUGGUUUGCAGGCGCGAACAUCGAGGACAGGCUGGAGGAUGACGACAUGACGGCGCACCAGGAGGCGACCGUUAUAUGCAUCACGCAUGCAUUUCGCGCCGCGGUGCAAAUGGGUGGCAUCGUCGACGGCGGGUUCAUCUCGCACAAUCGUCUGUCUAGAAUUGCGGAUUGCUUUAGACUUUUGUUGGCUGCCUGCAUGUGGUUGAUGUGCAUGGAGGGAGACAAUCCGCGCAGCCACUACCAAGCCUUUUACUUCGCGAAGCUGGUCGCUAAGCCCACGCUCGUCGCGUCCAUGCAUCGCGCCUUCGAUCAUCGACGGUCCGUCAUCCGAGCCACGAACGUCGUCACGGAGAGACUAGGGAAGGCGAACGCCACAUUCGGAGAGUAGCCAAAGUACAUCCCCGACUUGGCUUCUUGUGGCAUCGUCUUCGGGCACGAUGCGACCAUAACGGGGCCAGAGGACGCGA